AUGCCCGAAGGUAAGCCCCAGUGUGCCGAAUGCUGAUUGAUGUUGAUGGUACUGUGACUCUACUGACGUCGUACCGUACGCGCCGCUGCCCUGCCUUCCUGUACCUCGCACUCCCCGCACUACCCGCCCAACCCGCACUACCCGCACGACCACCGACCCACGGCACUCCAACCCUGCAGCUCAAGCUCCUUCGAAAGCCGCGCCCCCACCGGUGCUGUACGAGUUCCCGAACCCGGACGAGCUCUCCAAAGCACUCGCCUCCUUCGUGCUCGCGGCCCAGGACGAAGCUCUCAAGAAGCAGAACACCUUCAAGAUCGCCAUCUCGGGUGGUUCGUUGCCCAAGGUGCUCGGCCAGGACUUGUUUGGUCGCGAUGGCGUAAAGUGGGACAAGUGGUCAGUCAAGUCGGGCACUCUGGUCGGCACCUCGUUAUCGCUCGGGGAGAGGGAGCCCGUUCAACGCAGCAGCAGCUACUGACGCCCGUUCUCUCUCUACAACUUCAAUCCGAUCAGGGAAGUCUUCUUCGCCGACGAGCGACUUGUUCCACUCGACCACGAGGACUCCAACUUCCGCGCCAACGACGAGGAGCUCUUCUCCAAAGUGCCUAUCCCGCGCGAGAACAUCCACGUCAUCGACACCAAGCACCUCGACGAUCCCGAACAUGUCGCGGACGAGUACGAGAAGCAGAUGAUCAAGACCUUUGUCGAGGGGUCCAACUCGAUCGCCUUCCCGCGCUUCGAUCUCAUCUUGCUCGGAAUUGGGUACGUAGAGGCGCGACGAGAGAGGAGGGUUCAAGCUCGUCAUGAAAGGACGUAACUGACGAUUGAACUUGCAUCAUCUUCUCGCUCGAACAGCCCCGACGGACACACGUGCUCGCUCUUCCCGGGACACGAACUGCUCGAGGAAGUCGACGGCUGGGUCGCGUACCUCGUCGACUCGCCCAAGCCACCGGCCUCGCGCAUCACCCUCACCUUCCCCGUCCUGAAUCAUGCGCACCGAGUCGCCUUCGUCGCCUCCGGCGCGGGGAAACAGGACAUCCUCCACCGUGCGUUGGACAAGCCGGAAGAGGGGCUGCCAUGCUCGAGGGUCAAGGUCAAGAACCCCGGCCAGGUGUACUGGUUCUCGGACGAAGCGGCGUUGAAGUCAGUCUCUUUCUGUUCUUCGCUCCUUCUUGUUGGGUCAUCUCACUGAUCACUGGAUCAUUGAAUUGCACAGGGAGGUAUCGUACAACCGGACUCCGUUCGAAUCCGCCAAAUUAUGA